GUCAGCGGCGGCCGGCGCGUCGUGGGGCCUGGGCCGAGGCGUCCGCAGAGGCCGCUGCGGCCAGUCGCUGCCGCCGCCACCGCCGGCCCCUUCACCGGCUUCCCCGUUCAGACCUAGCCGGGAGGGGUGAGAGGGAUGCAGCUUGGGACCCAGCUCCGGUGCCUCACCCCGUAAAGGGCUGAUCUUCCACCUCGCCACCCAGCCACGGGAAGCCAAGACCGCAGCCAGCCCAGAUCUCUCCUGGUGCUUGUGAAGCUGAACACAACAAAAGUAUGGAUAUGGGAAACCAACACCCUUCUAUUAGUAGGCUUCAUGAAAUCCAAAAGGAAGUAAAAAGUAUAGAACAGCAAGUAAUUGGCUUCAGUGGUGUGUCAGACGACAAGAAUUACAAGAGACUGGAGAGAAUUCUAACAAAACAGCUUUUUGAAAUAGACUCCGUAGAUACCGAAGGAAAAGGUGAUAUUCAGCAAGCUAGAAAGAGGGCGGCACAAGAGACAGAGCGUCUUCUCAAAGAAUUGGAGCAGAAUGCAAACCACCCGCACCGAGUGGAAAUACAGAACAUUUUUAAGGAAGCUCAGUCCCUUGUGAAAGAGAAGAUUGUGCCAUUCUACAGCGGAGGCAACUGUGUAACUGAUGAAUUGGAAGAAGGCAUCCAGGAUAUCAUUCUUAGGCUGACACAUGUUAAAACUGGAGGAAAAAUCUCACUGCGGAAAGCAAGGUAUCACACUUUAACCAAGAUCUGUGCAGUGCAAGAGAUCAUUGAAGACUGCAUGAAGAAGCAGCCUUCCCUGCCGCUUUCCGCAGACGUACAUCCUUCAGUUGCCAAAAUUAACUCCGUGAUGUGUGAUGUGAACAAGGCUAGAGGCACUCUGAUUGCACUUCUGAUGGGCGUGAACAACAGCAACAACGAGACUUGCAGGCACUUAUCUUGUGUGCUCUCGGGACUGAUUGCUGAUCUGGAUGCUUUAGAUGUGUGCGGGCGUACAGAAAUCAGGAAUUAUCGAAGGGAGGUAGUAGAAGAUAUCAACAAAUUAUUGAAAUAUUUGGAUUUGGAGGAGGAAGCAGACACUACAUAUGCUUUUGACCUGGGACAGAAUCAUUCCAUUUUAAAAAUCGAAAAGGUCCUCAAGAGAAUGAGAGAAAUAAAAAACGAACUUCUUCAAGCACAGAAUCCUUCUGAACUGUACCUGAGCUGCAAAACAGAAUUGCAGGGUUUGAUUGGACAGUUGGAUGAGGUGAGUCUUGAGAAAAACCCCUGCAUUCGAGAAGCCAGGAGAAGAGCCGUGAUUGAAGUGCAGACACUUAUAACGUACAUCGACUUGAAGGAAGCCCUUGAGAAAAGAAAGUCUUUUGUUUCUGAAGAGCACCCGUCCCAUAAAGCAGUCUGGGACGUCCUUGGAAACUUGUCAGAGAUCCAGGAGGAAGUUCUUUCGUUUGGCGGAAAUCGGACUGAUAAGAAUUACAUUCGGCUGGAAGAGCUGCUCACCAAGCAGCUGCUGGCCCUGGAUGCCGUGGAUCCGCAGGGAGAGGAGAAGUGCAAGGCUGCCAGGAAGCAGGCGGUAAAGCUCGCCCAGAACAUUCUCAGCUAUCUCGACCUGAAAUCCGAUGAAUGGGAGUACUAAAAUGCCAAGAGAGCUCACGUCUGAUAUUGCUUGUUCUGCACUUUAUAUAUACUUCUAUGUAUUUAUAGAGAGCUUGCAGUUCAUUGAGCCUAAAUAUGAUUUAUACGUGCAUAUUUCAACCUCAGUAUUUAUAAUUUAAGCAAAUUAUAUUCAGUAUCUCUACUGCUUUUGAUUUUGCAAAAACAAAUAUCAUUACAGUGCGUUAACUUUUCCAUUUGGGUCCUUAUCUGUAUGCUGUGAUAUGGUUUUGUUUGUUUGAUUUUAGUUUGGGGGUGUUUUUUCUCCUCUUAUCAAAAUAUAAACUACAGACAGCUUUUCUAAUUAAUUUUUUAAAUGGGUUAUACAAACAUUAAAAUGCAGAUAUUCAGAAUCUCAAAAAAUAGAUAUAAUACCUUACACAAUACUAGAAAAUUAUGAGGAAAGAAGAAAUUUUACAUUAGGUAGGAGUAAGGUCCAAGCACAAAAGCAGUACAAUGAGACAUAGUGAUAUGCUGAGGAAAGCAGAAGGAUCUGUUUCAUUUGGGAAUCUUGAUUUGGUCUCAGUCAAUUAGUAGGGUGGGUUCUUUUUGUGGUUGUUGUUCAUUGGAUGGUUUUGAUUGAAGAUCUAUUCUUUCAUAAAAGUUUUUUGUUUGAAAAAAUGUCUGCAAACCCUCCCCCUCCCAAUAUUCUGCAUUUAGAGAAGGGAUCUCCUAUUUUUGUGCGUGUGAUAUAGGAAAAUUAUGAAAGCUAAUAGUGAAAAAAAACAAUGAGACUGCAUUGAAAGGAUAAAACAUCGUCUAUUAAAUACCUUCAAGUUGUUUUUGUUUGUAAACCAAUUUUUCCUUUGUAAUUAGUACAGAUUGAAACAUUUAAAUGAAGUUAAGAAAUCUUAAAAAAAAAAGAAAAAAAAAAGAGGAAGUCUAUAGUUAGAGAAUGAAAACUGAAAACUGGUUCCCAAAGCCAAGUUACAUAAAAACUAGCAGAACCAUUUGAGUGUAGUAUGUAAUGGUCUCCUGUCACUCAAGGCUGUGUACUGGACAUGCUUGUUAAACGUGCCCAGUGCUAUUUUACAAUGUGUUAUAGCAGAAACUGUCAGUUGCCCUGCAGAACCAGAUCUUCAUAGCUUGUCAGAAGAAGUCAGCUAUCAACAGCCAGCAUCUUAAACCUCCCACUCUCUGGGACUAAGUAGCAGAGUUGCUGGCUUGUUCCAGGUGCCUGCUGAACUACUUAGGUCACAUUUUGGAGUGCAGGAGUUUCUUUAUUGUCUAAAAGAGCCAUCAAUUUAAAUAUAUUGGUGCGUGAAAUGUUUUUCUUCUGCCACAGGAGUAUAUUUAUUUCUGUAAAUACUUUCUGAGGAUCCAGCUUUAGGCUUGCCUAUGAAUGCAAUGAAAGAAUCCGAAGUGCCUUUGUAACGUUUUAGUCCCGGUAUUAUAACUGAUUGACAGACUGCUCUUUUCUGCAGUCACCUUUCACAGAAUAGCCAAUUGUAUUAUAGUACAUCUUUUGAAUUCUAUAGUAAUCUCCCAUUUCCUCUCAGAGAUUCAUAUUAACUUGGGAACUCUGUGUAGGGAAGUUGUCAUUUUAAACACCUAAAACUUGAUAGAUAAAGGAAUAGCCCUAAAAACCUAAAUGACAGUAAAAGCAUAGCCCUAUACAAAGCCUCACUUUGUCUCUCAGUAUUGCCCCUUAAUUAAAAAUCCUUGGUAAGUCUUCCUACUGGAAUGUUCUAGAAUCAUUAGAGAGUUGGGCCAAAGGGGAAUGUUGGGGUCUUGGGGCAAUGAGCUCCUCCCCCUACAGGUCAGAAGUGUUCUCAUUUUGGCCACGGUAGUUUUAGGAUUGCUUUUCUGGAUCAUAACUUUAAAGUGCUCUUACUAUCUCGAGGAGUUUUUAAGUUAGAGCACUGUCUUAAUUAUACCGCUGGGAAAUCAAGGUGAUAAUUCAUUUUGGAUGCAUCCUUUGCCAGGUUAUACCAUUUAAUUUUUAAUUUUGUUCUUGAAAGUUAAAUGUCAACAUGUCCUUUAAAAGUAUCCAUUGUUCUUUGGAAACAGCUCUUUUUACCUGUAGUUCUUUUCAAACAAAUUUUUUUAUAGCUUUUAUAGAGAAGUCACUGUUCCUAAGCUUCAAGCAUUGUGGUGACUAGGAUGCUGAACUCUUCUGCAGUCAUUUUGAAAUUUUUGCAUGGUUAUUUUAGUAACCUAAACUAUCACACUGGCCUGGAGUGACUGUCAAGGCAUGAUUUCUGCCUAUUUUCAGUGUGUUCGUGUUGCUCGUACCCAAUCAGUCUCACAUAAUGAGCCCCGUAACACCAGAUUGGGCUAUUCUCGUUCCUCGUUGGGAGCAUUGUGUUGACACAGGCUGCUGCAUGUGAUUUUUAAAUUGGGCUCUUCACAUUGUAUUGUGUUUUAUGAACUUACAUGAAGAGACUCUGUAAUGGAAGUAAAACCUACCCUAAAAAUUAUGGCCUUGGGUCCACAUUAAACAGUACAAUCCAUGUUCAUACGAAAA